AUGGAUAACUCUCAAAAUAUGAUAUCUGAUGCCGAAGCCAAUGGUGACGAAUUUUCGUUAAACACGUUGAUGAAAGCAACACGGCUUACCUCAUCAACUGCGGUCGACAAUGUGGCUUCUCUUCCAUCAUUACCCAAGGAUACUGGCGACGAGAAUGCAUUUCUUAACGAGUUUCUAGGUAGAGAUGUUCUUCGACUCUGGGAAGCCUUGAAAGUCAUGACUGGCCAGCACGAAGUUGUUAUCCGCAGCCUGUGGAGCAAAAAGAAUAGAAAUGAGCGAGUACGUAUACUUACAAAGGCUUGGGGCAUUAUGCCGGCUGGACAUAGUCCGGAUAUGACACAGUACAAAAAGGAUGUUUAUGCUCUUCGUGGAGGCGAAUAUAGACCGGAGGGGAAUGUAGAGGCGUUUGCGUUCCCUCAUAUCAAUAUCGAAGACCUUCGAACACCAAAACCCUUUCUCCUUCUUGUCGAAUCUCGGUCUCGAUAUCAUCCGAACGAGUUUCUGCAACAUGAUCUUGAAGCUGCCCGGUUUGGGGUGGACUCUGGGAGAAUUGUGCUUCCGUGCAUGACUGGAUACAAAAUUGAUCUUGUGGAUAUUGAUGGCUCAUAUUAUGGCAGGCUAUGGAACCAUACCACGAAACCUCUACAAAACGACCAUGACUGGUACUCCUUUCAUUUCUCCGCCUCGCAAGCUGUUUUUGCUCUGCAGUUGCAGCACCGUCUUCUGAAUUUCAUUCUUCGGGCAUGCAAAGUGAUUGUUGGCGAGAAACGUUCAUUGCAUGCGGGACAUUCUGUUCUAAAAUCCAAUGAAUUGCCUUCUUGCGUGGAGAGAAAGGUAGGAGCCUGGUGGAUGGUAUCCAUUGAGAAUUCAGAAAAGCCAUACUCAGCACCGAAAAAACUCGACCUCGCGCAGUUGAAAAAUAUCUUUCUAGCAAGGAAGCAGUAUGCGGAAGACCAUGUGUUACACUUGAGAGACGAUCAACAUUUCUUUCUCUAUACUCUUAAGCGCCAAUAUGACUUUGGUCACAUGCUCUUGAAAGCUUCCGACCUGCUCUUGAAGACUUCCAAAGUAAGCCAUCCUACGACUUGGGGGGAGCGUGGUUCUUGGGCUGUAAAUCUUUGUCAAUUGAUUGAGAAUACCCACAUAACGGCAUUAGUGUGGACAUCACUCUGUUCGCAUCUGGAAAGACUCACGAAGAGUGUUCAGAGGUUCGAAAACCGGAGAGCAAAAGCAAUUUCGCCUUGUCAUAUUUCUUAUGACUUCUUCAUAUUCCACGGAGUACUAGAUCUCAUUUUACAAGGCCUUGCCGAAGAAUUAUACAAUGCGUUUGUUGCCAGCUCGGGGAACGCCGCAUUCGUUCAACACAACGUCAUAGGUUAUGUGAAGCAGCCUGAAUUAAAUGAUACAGCAAGAUCAUCGGCCGGAGCAUAUAGGGAUCAGCUUUUCGGUCACAUUGGACGUCUUGCGCAAAAAGAAGUUCGGAAUCGAUAUGGUUGCACUCGACUCGUCAAAGAUAUAGAACGAUUGCUUGUGACCGAUUGCCUAGAAAAGAAAUUUUUUACGCCUUACACUUCUGAAAUAUUUUCAGAAAUAGGACUAUUCGCUACUGCUAUGGAGGAAAUCAGUCUUUUUCAACCACUUGCCGCUCGUUUGUAUGAAGAAUACUCAUAUAAGGAAGCCACUUUUGAGCGCGCCAUGGAAAAAAUAUUCGCUUUACCGGCAUACGUUCAGAAAUCAUUAAGAAAUCAUGCUUUUGCGAAGCUGUAUAACUCCCACUUCCCUGGAGAAGACGAACUUCAAUUUCGCGGCCUGCAUAGCAGCGACAGUAUUAAACAGAUCACGGAACCUGUUGAGGAGAAACUGGAGAAGUUUUGGAAUGCAGCAGACCAAAUUAUGCAGGCUGAAAUAGGCGAGACACUCUUAGACUUGGUAGAUAAUCGCGUCUAUCCGCAGCCUGAUGUACAGCAAUCAAGUUCUGAGAAGACCGAAAUGAACAAUCAAAUCUGUAACGCUAAAGAGCUUGAUAGAGCGGGGCUAUUCGACGGAAAUGAGCUGUCGAAAUUGGGUAAUCGAGUCUCUUCAACUCGCGAGUCCAGAACGGAAAGAAUACUAGUCGAGGAGGGAGUCGAUAAAAAAAUGCUUGCGAGACUCCAGAUUUCCACUACCGUCAUCCCAAACGGAACGCUAAUGAGCAAUCGCGUCUCCAAAAUAUUCGAGGCACUCUUUUAUAAUUAUGAGCGAAAUUCUGGCAAGCAGCCACGUGGAUUUUCCUGGCCGGAAUUCUGCUUUGCAAUGCAUGCGAUCGGAUUUAACCCAAGAAAGCAAUAUGGUACACUCUGGCACUUUCAAAAAGAUGCUAGAGGUUGUGCAACAUGUUUCCAAUUCCAUGAACCUCUAGAGACGAACAAGGUGCCGUUGAUGCAGAUGAGAUUUAUGGGAGGAAGUCUGCACCGUCAAUUUGGGUGGUCGUUGGACAAUCUGCCUACGCAGAAAAGCUGGGUCUUUUAG